AGCCAACAAAAAAUUAGAAAGAAAAAAAAAGAGGGUGCACAAAUCUGCAUGUCGGCAUACAAUGUGGUCAAGCUUGGCGGCCUCCCUUUUGCAUAUUCUAAGGAUUGUCCUUGGAUGAUUCUCUUCUUUUUACUGGGAUCAGUGAAGGAACAGCCGUGCUUAAUCUACAUUGAGGUUGCUGUCACCAAAACUGCAAAAGUCUACUAUCUGGACUGGUCGAGCCUGCUACCCGAAAUGUGAACUUGUAUCUCCAUAGCGACUGACCGCGUUCUUCGCUCAGCUUGGAAAAUCUGACAAAUUAUGCCUCUCACUCUUCCGACGGCAUAAACUUGGCAGCUUUGAUCCGAAAUUAGGAGAUAGCUCUGGAUGUGCUAGGAGUUUGUCAAAGUACAAAGCGUGUGACAAGGGAAAAGCAGUCUUACUGCACGUCACUGUCAUUUGUCAAGAUAUUGAUGUUUUGAUGACAAGUGACUAGGCAAAUGAGCUUGACUGGAAUCUCAUAGUUGGAGAUGUCAAAAACUACGCUACAGGAUACUAAGCCAGCAGGUUCAAGGGAAUUCACUAUACCUGGUUAUCAAUGGGCAUCAGAAACAGGUACAUUUUUGGGAAGAGCUAGCAUAGCUGGUCUGGAAAAGGCUGUUGAGGUGUUAGAUACCCUCGGGAGCAGCAUGACAAGUUUGAAUCAUGGCAGCGGCUUUCUCUCUGGGGGAACGAACCGGGGAAAUAAAGUCUGUAUUUUAGCAUUCGAAGUCGCAAAUACAAUAGCUAAAGCUUCUAGUUUAUGGAGGUCAUUCUCUGAUGAGAGUAUAAAAGAGCUUAAGGAAGAGAUUUUGCAUUCAGAUGGAGUGCGGAUAUUGGUUUCCUCAAAUUCCAGUGAGCUAUUGCAAAUUGCUUCUGUUGAUAAAAGGGAAGAACUUGCCAUCUUUUCAAGAGAAGUCAUACGGUUUGGCAACCUCUGUAAAGAUCCUAUAUGGCAUAACUUGGGACGAUAUUUCGACAAGUACGCCCCUGAGAAGUUAACGACAGAUAAUACACCUCAGGAUCAUUCAAGGGAGAAUAUGGAUGCUCCUGUCCAGAAUUUGAUUAAUCUGGCACAAAACACUUCUGAGCUCUACCAUGAACUGCACGCUCUGGACAGAUUUGAGCAGGAUUUUAAAAGGAAAUUUCAUGAAGAGGAGUCUGUGCCAGCGGCCAGACGAGAGAGCAUUAUGAUAUUACAUAGUGAACUAAAGCGCCAAAGGAAGAUCGUGAAAAAUCUGAAGAAGAAAUCCUUGUGGUCCAAGACUUUGGAAGAGGUUGUGGAAAAACUUGUGGACAUUGUAAUAUUUUUGCAUAAACAAAUCCGAGAUUCAUUUAAUGAAGAUGUUCAUGCAGGAACCAACUUUGAUUCCGAGCAUACUCAGAACAAAAGGCUAGGUUCCUGCGGUCUGGCUCUACAUUAUGCUAACAUCAUCAAUCAGAUUGAAAAUAUAGUUUCUCGGCCUCUCUCUCUUCCUCCUAGUUCUAGAGACAAUUUGUACCAUGGUCUGCCAAAAACAGUAAAGUCAGCUCUGCGAUCACGAUUGCAAUCAUAUAACUCCGAAGAUGAGCGUACGGUAGCUCAAAUCAAAGCUGAAAUGCAGAAAACUCUUCGCUGGCUUCUGCCAAUAGCAGAAAAUACACUAAGAGCACACCAAGGGUUCGGCUGGGUUGGCGAAUGGGCGAACGUUGGGAGCGACAUGAGCAAGAAAUCAGAUUCCCAGAACAGCAUCGCCCGCAUCCAGACGCUGCAUCACGCCGACAAGGCGAAGACAGAGCAGUACAUCCUCGAGCUGGUGGUACUGCUCCAUCAUCUGGUGGUCCAGGUGAAGAACCGCGGCUACGGGAGCAAAUCAACCAAGCACGAGCGGUCCCGAUCCAACAAGGGGCUGGACCUGCAACCGGAGACCAGGCACACCACAUCUCCCGUGAACAAUGGCAUCGCCCUGAGCCCGUUGUCGGACUGCGAGCGCGCAGCCCUGGAGCACCUGAGCUUCAAGAGGACGAGCUACGGGAGGAGCCAGAGCUGCGAGCCCCCGCCCGACAGAGGGACCAAGGCGCACCGGAGCUGGGACUCGUGCCGGAGCCAGGGCAGCUCGCCGGCGAGGGAGUUCGGCAGGAACCCGGGGCUGGACCGUGACACGGCGAGGGACCUUGAUGUAAUCGAUGGCUUGGAUAGACUGACUUCGUACUCGCACCCUUCAUCCCCAACGUUUUGCUAGAUGGUGCUGUAUAUUAGUAGGUGCUGAUUCUUUUGCUGCUGCUUUGCCCGGCUCAUCGUAUAUCUUGUAUAUGUGUGAUUUAUCUAUAUAUUAUCGUAGCCUAUCAUUGUAAAUAUAUAUGAUUUCGUAUUGUAGAGCUUGCGAUUGAGUGGAGGUAUAGAAAGCGAGAUCACAAGCGAUGCUCCAGGCCCUUGGGGAAAUUGAAAUAUAGUUUUGUUUGAACUAUUCCAUUGAAUUUAACCACAAAAUCAAAAUGGUUUGAA